CCCGUCAUGUUUCCAGAGGGACACAUUUGCAGGGUGGCGCAUCACAUCUGGAGGAGAGAGCUAUAUGCAGCAUCAGUCGAUCCCAGCAUCGCGUAUUAGUAGUUUAUCUCUUAAAAUUUCACCUGACAGUUUUUCUGAUGUGCGAUUCUCAGUUCCGCUCGGGAUUUUAAGGUCUCUUGACAACAACGGAAGUAGGAAGUGUUGCACCCACAUGGGCAGCGUUCUGGCUUUGUCUUCCGGUCCGGGCCAUCAGAACUGGCCUUUCUCCGUGGACCCCCCUCUAUUUCGUUGGAACGCUCAUCCUGCUUACUGGGACAGUCCUCCACGCUGGGAGAGAAGAGAUGGCCGCCUACCCAACCCGGGCAGCUUUCACUCUCUCCACAGGAGCUGCAAAGAUGUUUUUCCUCAACAGAUUGAGGGAGUCAAGAUGAUCCUCAAUAAAACGCUGAGCAGCUUCUUCAAGGUCAGUCAUGCUCUCCACCUCAGUGCUGUCAGUCCUUCGUACUAUCGAUUCCACGUGGAGCAUCUGCAGUCUGAUGAUUACAGCAAGGACAAGGAUGCCCCAGCAUUGAUCGGUGAGAUGGACUCUUCAGGCAGUCUGAACGCUCACGCUCUGCUGCAUCUCACUGAGCGUGUACGAGCCAGAACAGUGUUCCAGACCCAGCAGUCCCAGUUUGUAACGUGGCAGUUUGAAACUGAGUACAGAGGGAACGACUUCACCACUGCUGUGACAGUAGCCAACCCAGACGUCCUUAGAGAGUCAGUUAUCCUCGUCGCACACUUCCUGCAGAGUGUGUCUUCUGGGCUUGUGUUAGGAGGGGAGCUAGUCUACCAUCGGGGCCGAGCAGAGGAAGGAGGAAUUCUUACUUUGGCUGGACAGUACUCAAGACCAAACUGGGUGGUGACGUUGAAUGCUGGGAAAGGAGGUGCCCAUGCUAGCUACUAUCACAGAGCCAACAAACAGAUCCAAGUUGGGGUGGAGUUUGAAGCCAGCACCAGGACACAGGAGACCACAACCUCAUUUGGGUACCAGAUGGAACUCCCAGAGGCCAACAUGGUCUUUCGAGGUAUGAUAAACAGUCGGUGCAUAAUAGGAGGCGUGUUGGAGAAGCGUCUGACCCCGCUCCCUGCCACCCUGAUCAUGGGUGCCUUCGUAAAUCACAGAGGUGACAAGCUGCAAGUGGGCCUAGGCAUCAACGUGGGAUAAUUCUCCAAUUACCCCAGCUGGAAUCACUACCUGCUGUCAGGACACCCAUCCAGAGACCUAUUUCAGAGGCUUCAUGAUGACCUGAUCUUCCAAGGUUUAUCAGCGUCACUAAAAUGCUUACUACAAACACCUGAGUACCGUGGAUUGUGUCGGGGUUGGAGCCCAAAAUGUUUCCUUAAAUCGAUGCAUCUCAUCUUGCAACCUACCUCUCAAAACUGAGGUGAUGUUUUCUGAUUAGGUGACAAUAAGAUUAAACAGGAAAAAUGGAUGAACAUUGUGAGAGGCUCAACUGUGACUGGAGAUGUGUUACUGUCCCCUGGAAAUCAGACUGCACAUCACCUUCUGGACAAUGGAAACAGAAAGGAUAAGAGGCAUACUGUACUGAAAAUAAAUAAAAGUUUUAUACUGUAGGUAGUCAUAAAGAAACUUAAUGUAUAUUGUAUAUUGAAAGAUAGUAGUGUUUGUCAUGUUACAGCCCAUUAACUAUAAUUCUUGUAUACCUGACCUUUCUGUCGACCAUUUUCUUAAGCACACCAUCGUCUGUAAAACUCUUACAUGAUUUUUCUAAUCUUCCUGGCAGCCAUUGGUUUACAUUCAUGCAGUAUCAUUUGAAACUCAACUUGUAGAAACAGGAAACCUGCUUGGGACAGGUAAUACAAAUGACCAAAUUAUUCUUUUCUCAAUGUCCAUAUUGGUUUAUUGUUUUUCUUGUGCGUUUUAUUCAGCAUAGCUCACCAAUGCAUCUGUCUCCCAAAUCUUGAAUGUGGGGGCUUCUGAUUGCUUGAAUGCACCAACAUGGAUGAGGUUUGGAAAUAUGGCUGCCCUCAGCAUUACCUCAUGAUACUAACAGAGAAAAAACACUUAAAUUGUCACUUAUCUCAGGCCAGUCUCUGUGAGCUGAUUUUCACACAAACUAAUGCCUAAAGGAUCAAUCUAAAAAGUGGUCGGCAGAAAUGUAAAACGAGUGAAAUCAUGCUAAAACGCCAAUAUUAUUUUUAAAAUAUUGUGUGUGUGAGUAAGUGAUUAUGAGUUUGAUUGUGUGCACUUUUUUUUGCAAGCAUAUAAAAAGUGUGUGAGAUACCACACAGCCUGUUGACUCUAAGAGAAAAGAUGCUGCUCCAUAUAUACUAACCUCCAGCUGAGGGAUAUGAGAGCAGCUAUGCACUGACACUACUGAGCCAGGACUGUACUGUAUGUAUAUAGAUAGAAACACUGACCUGUAUGCAACCUGCACUACUCACGCUGCUUCUGGGUAUUUCCAGUCCUGUUUAACAUAACAAAUGUUGCUUAUGUAGUAUUUAUACAUUGUGUAAUAUAAGCAUAGAGAGAAGUGGAAGGGAGUGACUGUCUUUUUGGACUUAAUUUAUUAAAGAUGUUAUUUCUAUCAUA